AAAAAAAAUGUGUUACCUUGACGAUACGAUUUUCUCUUCUCUGCUCAUCACAUAAUCGAUUUUUCCAAUUCACCGUAAAGAUCAACAAUGAUUUCCGAUCAAAGAUUGCAGCAGAUCUUCAUCGAAGCUCCUGCUCUUGGUAUUCCUAAACGAACCCUAACCCUAAAUCGCAAUUCCACUAUCCGCGAUGUCAAAUCAUAUUUAUUCCAACACUUCAAAACCCUAGAUUCAAUUUUCUUCACCUUCAAUGGACGAACCCUUUCCGAUUCCUCCACUAUCGCUGGUUCUUCAAUUCCCCCUCUAUCCACCCUCGUCCUCCAGCUUCGUCUCCUCGGCGGCGGUGGAGAUGGUGGUGCCACGGGUGCCGAGUCUCGCGAUUGUUAUCUCAACAUGUACGCAGAGAAAAAGCCGGACAAGAUCGAUCCUAACGAGCAGAGGUUAUCAAAGUGGACAAACUGUGCUCUCACGAACGAGCCGUUGAAACAUCCCGUGGUAGUGGAUUUGCUCGGUAAUAUUUUCAAGAAGGAGGCUUUGGUUGAGGCUUUAAUUCAUAAGAAAUUACCUAAGGCUUUUGCUCAUAUAAAGGGUUUAAAGGAUAUGGUUCCUGUUCAGCUGUCUUUGAUUCCUGGCCGGGAAUCUGAUAAUGGGGAUCUUGUUAGUGAAACUAGAUUCCAAUGUCCGAUCACAGAUUUAGAGUUCAGUGGUAAAUACAAAUUCUUUGCUUUGAGAAGCUGUGGUCAUGUCUUGAGUGCCAAGGCUUUGAAAGAGAUUAAGUCCUUGAGCUGCCAUGUCUGUCAUAAGGAGUAUUCGGAAUCUGAUAAGAUCCCAAUCAAUGGGAACGAAGAAGAGGUGGCUGCGUUGAGGGAGAAGAUGGAAGAGGAAAAGGCUAAGGUUAGAGAGAAGAGGGGAAAGAAAGUGCUAAAGAAUGGGGAGGUUGGAGUGAAUGGUGAAGCUGGUGUCUCUUUGGAAUUGGAUUUGGUUCGGUUGAGUGGGAACAAGCAUGGAAUUGAGAUGGAGAAAGCUUCAACCAAAACGAAGGAGGUUGAUGGGAAAAUAGCUAAUGGUGGUGGUGCAGCAGCUGCAGCGGUGGCAGUAAAGUCUGCAAGUAGUAAUGGUAAACGCUUCAAAGCGGGUGACAAGGUCCCAGCUAAUGCAACAAAGGAAGUGUAUUCUUCAAUAUUCACCUCGUCGAAAAAGAAGUCUAGUUUCAAAGAAACAUACAGCUGCAGGUCACUUCCUUUGGGUAGAAACUAGAAACUGCUUGCUUGCUUGGAUUGUGAGAUGAAUUUCUCAUAUUUUUUACUUUUAUUAUCAAUCUGCAGCUAAAAACGAUCAGUAGUUAAUGUUUUCAAUUGGCUACUAUUUGUCUGUAAUGUAAUGUGAUUUAUAUGGUUUACUGGAUUACCCAACCCUUCAUUCU